AUGGAGGUUGUUGGGUUGAUAAGAGAACCAAUAUUACAGCUUGCAGGGACACUUUCAGAGGAAGAGUGUGUCGAUGUCCCAUUGUUCAAGGUGUCAAGUUUUUGGGGGACGGUUACACACAUUGUGAAGAAUGAUCAUUUGAAAGGCUGCAAAUGUCCACCUGGAUUCAGCGGUGAUGGGUUCAAAAACUGCACAGAUGUUAACGAGUGCGAGGAGAAAACAGUGUGCCAGUGUCGCGGCUGCAAAUGCAAGAACACAUGGGGAAGCUAUGAUCAUUUGAAAGGCUGCAAAUGUCCACCUGGAUUCAGCGGUGAUGGGUUCAAAAACUGCACAGAUGUUAACGAGUGCGAGGAGAAAACAGUGUGCCAGUGUCGCGGCUGCAAAUGCAAGAACACAUGGGGAAGCUAUGAUCAUUUGAAAGGCUGCAAAUGUCCACCUGGAUUCAGCGGUGAUGGGUUCAAAAACUGCACAGGAGAAAACAGUGUGCCAGUGUCGCGGCUGCAAAUGCAAGAACACAUGGGGAAGCUAUGA